GUCCCAACUUCUUAGUCUGGCGAGGAACCUACUCCCUUUUCUAAGAGUUUGGUUUAGGCCAUUCCCACUAAACCCGAUCCUUAUUCGGAAGCAAGUAUGUCUUCCCCUGAUCCGGAUAUUGAUCCUCUUUCGGUUGUGAACUCAGAACUCUCUUACGCCAUCCUAGGCGGUUUUCCCGUAGCGUCUCUGCCGGCUACUUUCUAAGGUUCAGGUUUGUCUGCCUAUCCUAGGAGCAAGCAAGAAGAAGUAAUCGAAAGGGGCGAAACAGAGUUCGUACACCCGACGACAUCGCACCACCGCCACUAGCGAUUCUAUUUCGACUACCGAUUAUUUCCAGCUACAUAUGAGUCGGUCUUUGAAUCUGGGUGGUGCAAACUUGUGCUUAUAGGUAGAGAAACAAAAGGAUGAGAAUGGAGGAGUUGUGGGAGGCUGUGAACUUCAUCUGCUCGAUGGAAUUCUUGAAAAUGGCAGUGCUGUGGACAAUGUCUCUCUUAACCUCAUACAUCCAGUUGUUUGUGCCGCGUCUCUUUGGACAGAAAACCACUGUUUAUCCUCGUUGCCUCCCUCAGAUGAGAGGGUCUAUUAGGCCCGUUUGCAUUGUCACUGGUGCUACCUCUGGUUUGGGUGCUGCAACCGCUCAGGCUCUUUCAAAUGAAGGAUUCUGUGUUGUUCUUGCUGGACGUUCAAUGCAUUUGUUAUCUAAGACUAUGACACAGAUAAAAAGACUUAAUAAGGAUGCCCAUCUCAAAGCUUUUCAGGUUGAUCUAUCAUCAUUCCCAUCAAUCUUGAAGUUUAUAGGCUCUCUUGAACAGUGGCUUGUGGAUUCAGAUAUGCAUUCUUCAAUUCAAUUAUUGGUAAACAAUGCUGGGAUAUUGGCAACAUCAUAUCGGCUCACAACAGAGGGCUAUGACCAGAUGAUGGCUACAAAUUAUAUUGGCGCAUUCUCUUUGACAAAACUGCUAUUGCCACUUCUCAGUAACAGUCCCGUCCCUUCACGAAUAGUGAAUGUUACAUCCUUUACACAUAGAAGUGUAUCUGGUAUGCAGAUUGAUAAGGGGACAGUUUCUGGAAAGGGCUUCCUUGGACUAAGACGUUAUCCAUGUGCACAUAUCUAUGAGUAUUCUAAAUUAUGCUUAUUGCUGUUUUCGUACAAGCUUCACCAGCAGCUUCGCUUGAUGGAUAACUCAUGCCAGGUUUCUGUCAUUGCUGCAGAUCCCGGGGCAGUGAAAACCCAUAUAAUGCGAGAAGUUCCUUCCUGUCUCUCUCGUGUAGCUUUUGUUAUGUUAAAGCUUCUGGGGCUUUUGCAGUCAGCUGAAAAUGGGGCAAGAUCUAUAAUUGAUGCUUCCCUUGCCCCGGCCGAAAUAUCUGGCUUAUACUUCUUUGGGGGAGAAGGCAGGACUCUCAACUCUUCUGCCCUGUCUUACAGUGCCACGCUUGCAGAGGAACUCUGGAACAUAUCGUCAGAUUUGUUUUUGGAGUCGAAGCUUGCUUCCAUUGGAACUUCCACUUCAGACUAGGGUUAAUCUAUAUGGGUAGAGACACUAUUGGUGUCACUGAUUCAUUUUGAUUGUGGAGACGCAUAAUUACAUUGAUUGAGAACUCAUUCAAGAGAGGUAGACUGCAUUGGUAUGAUGAACAGUGUCCUUCAAGAGACAUCUACUUUCUGAAGGCAAUGGCAACAUAUAGAGCUGCAUUUCAGGCAAAUGAGAUGACUUACAGGACAUUUAUUAUCCACAAAUCAAACUCCUUUCGUCAUAGCUUGAGGCUUGAUCCACUUGUACGUUUGAUACUUUUGCCCAAGAAAGGAGGAUUGUCAACUGCAAAAUAAAUCUUGGGAGAACUCUAUCCUAAGUCUGAUUCAUAGCUCGUCUAACUUUAAUGCAUACAUAAGCUACGUAACUUGGUGCUGUAGCUCUCUGGCAUCAUGGGAAUAAAAAGGCUGAUCUUCUUGUUUUCUAGCAAUCUGUGGAUUAUGUUGGCCGCUUUCAUGAUUCAGGUUCUACAAACUCCUGUUUAUGAACUACUAAUUUAAACACAAUAUUUUGCAAUUGUUGGUAAUUCAAACUGCUUUUACUGUUGUGGAUCAUUAGUAAUCUUGCAUGCAAGCUGAGAUGUUGAUA